CGGUCACCAGCUGAAUUUAAUGGCAUAGGGGACAGUAUCCUUCUGGUUCCCAUUACAAUGCCAAAAACAAAAACCACAGUCCUUCUGCUCAGCUGUGCUCCUGUGGAUAUCUGUUUCGAUGAACCGUCUGCCCCUCAGUCCGUGCUGAUGACUAUGGUGUAGCUAUGUGGGUUUCCUGACGGAUUUUGACUAAUCUUUACCUGGUGACCACCUGUCUCAUCCCGUCCCUGCUCGCCUGUAAUACAGACAGCCAUGCCGGAUGCAGCUGAAUAACGAGUAGCAUUGGGGUGGGGGGGGAAACAAGUUUUUCUAAACUCCCAUCAAAAGGCUGCCAUGUUUUGUGGUAGAAUGAGAAACUGAGUGGGAGAAAAGUGGAAAGCAAGUGAGACUGAAGUGGCCAAAGUGCUUGUGUUGGUGACCGAAAAGAAGAGCCAUCCUAUCUGUAGGCAGCCGAGGCAGCCGGGCCCUGAGGAUGACUAGCCUGUUCAAGCGCAGCAGCAGCAAUGGAGGCUCCGGAAGCAGCGGAAGUGGCGGUGGGGGCAGCGGUGGGCAGGGGCAGCUCAACAACAGCAGGUCCAGCCGGCAGGUGCGGCGCCUGGAGUUCAACCAGGCCAUGGAAGACUUCAAGACCAUGUUCCCCUCCAUGGACUAUGAGGUGAUUGAGUGCGUGCUGCGCUCAAACAACGGAGCGGUGGACGCUACGAUUGACCAGCUGCUCCAGAUGAGCAUUGACGGACAGGGCUCCGAUGACAGCUCAGACUCUGAUGACAGCAUCCCAGCAGAGAUUCUGGAGAGAACACUGGAACCUGACAGUUCAGACGAGGAACCACCUCCAGUCUACUCUCCGCCAACAUAUGAUAUGCACAUUUAUGACAGGAAAUACCCAGAAGCCCCACCAACACCCCCGCCAAGAUUUGAAGCCCAGCCGCCUCCAGGUCACCAGCAGGUCAGAAGCUACCGGAACUGGAAUCCUCCUUUGCUCGGAAAUCUCCCCGACGAUUUUCUGCGGAUCCUGCCACAGCAGUUGGACAGCAUUAAGCAGAGCUCCCAGAGCAGUCUUUCCCAGCCUUCAUCCUCAUCGUCUUCCUCCGUUUCUUCAAUAAGCCAGUGGACCGCGCCGUCUGGUUCUCUGUCUGGAGCCGCAGGGACCACCGGAGGUCCUGGUUUGACAAGCGGAGCUACCGAGCAAGACAAGAAGCUGAAGCAGUAUCUGGAGGACGAGCGCAUCGCCCUGUUCCUCCAGAACGAGGAGUUUAUGAGAGAACUGCAGCGCAACCGCGAGUUCCUCAUCGCCUUGGAGAGAGAUCGCUUGAAGUAUGAAUCAAAGAAAUCAAAGUCCAAUCAUUCAUCUAGUAUGGAGAAUUCCACAGGAGAACCGUACUCUGCAGCUUCAAUGGAGGCAGUGUCCGAUGACGCCCUGUUCAGAGACAAACUCAAACACAUGGGCAAAUCAACAAGAAAGAAGCUGUUUGAAAUUGCCAGAACGUUCUCAGAAAAGACGAAGCGGAGAAAGUCAAAAAGGAGGAUGCUCCUGAAGCACCAUUCAUUGGGCACCGCCAACUCUACAGCCAAUCUCCUCGACGAUGUAGAGGGAAACCCCUGUGAGGAUGGUCAGCCCAGAAGAGCAAACACCCAAGAAGAGAGAGAACAACGUAAUGAGCCAAUAAUAUGAUCGCCCUACUCUGCACCAUAUCAGGGUUACCGUGGCGACGGCAGCAUGACCUAUGGGUGGCGGCCUUGCAGCUCUUCCUGUCUCCACCUGCUCCCACCCCCCACCCUAAUCCAAACCAGCCAAUGUAAAGGCUCAGCAGUGAGUUGUUUUCCCCCUCCUUCCCAGGGAGAGGAACCGGACUGUACGCAGCACUGGCCCGACUGUCUAUAAAAGCAUUAUCUCUGUAUUAUAAUACUUUUAAUAUAUCAUUUAAAAUGUAAAGGAAAUGCAUUAGUCCUUCCCAGUAUUUAACUGCUUCCUUUUAAUCCCCUGAGAGGAACACUAGCGUAGUGAUGAUCUUGCCAUAUGAACCUUUUUAUUACUUCUCCAGACUGUAUGUUUCUGAUUGGUGUACCUCAGGCUUGGCAUUUCGGAUCCAAAGUGUGCACAUGCUCCUUUAUAUACACUAAACCAUGAAGAGCU